ACCUGACACCUACGAGCGCAUCUGUCGCUAUCUCUUCCCAAGAUCAAUCCGAACAGUUAUGCAAUGACUUUCAGCUUUAUCGAUUAUUUGGGAUGUGUAGUCAUGCGCAUCAACUUUGCCAGUGUUAAGGCAAAGGAAAAAACUACCACUCCCGGCAGGCUUAGGGGCGCAUCGCUUCGCUCGAGUUGCUCACACACGCUCCUCACUGUAGUUCGCUCGACUAUGAAAGCCCGUUUUAAUGAUUCAGGUCGUGAAUAAAUAAAAAGAGUUUGGUGCCAUGGCGGAAUCUGCAGCGUGUCCCGCUUUCCAGCUCGGGAGACCCCGAUACGAUCAGACUUCAUUCCUUGGACGCCUGAGACACUUUAUUGACAUCAUUGACCCCAGCACCCUGUUUGUUUCAGAGAAAAGGUUAAAAGAAUGCAUCAAAAUCCUUGAUGACUAUAAACACGGCACACUUCCUCCUGAAGUGUCUGCAGAUCAGUUGUGGGAAGCCCAGAAAAUUAAACAGGCCAUCAUUCACCCUGACACAGGAGAGAAGAUCUUCAUGCCAUUCCGAAUGUCAGGUUAUGUACCAUUUGGAACACCAAUUGUCAUUGGCCUUCUCCUCCCAAACCAGACUGUGAUGUCUACCAUUAUAUGGCAGUGGUUGAACCAGAGUCACAAUGCCUGUGUCAACUAUGCUAAUCGGAAUGCCACAAAGCCUACUCCCACAUCUAAGUUUCUUCAAGGCUAUGUCGGAGCUGUGACCAGUGCUGUCUCUAUUGCAGUAGGACUGAAUGUGCUGAUUCAGAAGGCCAACAAACUGAGUCCUUCCACCAGGAUGAUUAUCCAGAGAUUUGUCCCCUUCCCAGCUGUAGCGAGUGCAAACAUCUGUAACGUAGCUCUGAUGAGGCACAAUGAGCUGUCUGAAGGUAUCGAUGUACUGGACAACAACGGCACUGUGGUGGGGUCCUCCAAAAUCGCUGCUAGACAUGCAAUAAUGGAGACGGCCUUCACACGCGUGGUCCUUCCUAUGCCAAUCUUCGUCCUGCCUCCCAUCAUCAUGUCCUACCUCGAAAGGCUACGAUUCCUGCAGAGAAACCGCCGCCUUCUGCUGCCCAUCCACAGCGUUGUGUGCCUGGUUACUUUCGGCCUCUCCCUGCCCGUGGCCAUCAGCCUCUUCCCUCAGAUGUCUCAGAUCGAGGUGUCUCGCCUUGAGCCGGAGAUUGCCAUGGCAACGGAUUGCAGAGUGUUGACCUACAACAAGGGUUUAUGAUGAAGAUGGGACGCGAGCACAAGGCUGAGGCUGCUUUAUGAAUGACUGCGAUUGGGAACCUACUGCAGGGUUCGAGGUCUACCUGAGACAUUAUUAUUAUUAGCGCUGUUUUUUAUCACCAAACGUCCCCAAAACCCGUUCUCAGAAAUUGCUGUGUUCACUGAGCCAUGGUGUGUUCGGACGUGUCUCUGAGCAGCCCCAGAGACCGUUUCCUACACUACAGCUGUUCCAGAACUCUCUGUUUUUACUCUAAAAUUCCUAUUUUUAGCAAUAACGUGUUCAGGGUAUUUCGUGAGCAUUGUUCUCCACACAUGCUAUGAGUGUAUAGCAGCAUUUUCUGCAGCAAAAUCUUCUUAAAUGGCGGUGAUCCGUUAACCUUUUGGUUGCAGGUUUGAUAAUGGCGUGAUAUAAAGAAGCCUUUCCUGCACUGUUUUGAAGUCGGAUUUGGAGAAAGGUUUCGAUAUGUGUUCUGGAUGGUGUUUUGUUUUUUUUUGCAUUCCCCUACGUUGACGCCCCCAUCUUCAUCUCCUCGGCCCUAAGCAUUGAACUAUGAUCACAGCUCUGGGAGCCGCUGUUGUGAUGUUUAUCCGUCAAACAGCUGGCUGUGAAGCGAGGAAAGGGACGUCUGCGAGUUUGGAUGGAAGCAGCAGGAUGAAAGAAGUAAUUGAGCUUUGUAGAGCAGAGGUCAGCUGUUGACUCUUCCCUUCACAUUAAUAUUACUGGAGGCGACUCUCGGAAACCUUAAAUGCACAGCACCCUCCACAUUUAAUGGCACCGUGGUAGAGGUGUGUAAAAGCCUUGGAAUACAUCGCUUUUGUUGUUGCUGGACGCUCUUACACUAAGAAAAUGUACAAAUGUUCAACCUUUAAAUUUGCUACAAUUUCCUGCCGUCAUUACUUUGCGCAACUUUUUUUUGCAAAUAGGACAGUACUUAGGCUUGACCUGCUACAUUUCACAAGGAGGGAGCAAGCCUUUUUUUGGAUAACGCCUGAUAAAUUGCCCUUUUUCUGUUCACUGGUAGAGACCAAUAGAUUUUAUUUAAAACAGGCCAACAGCAUUGUAGAUCUUCCAUCAUAGUUAACCAUGGGCAUGGUUGGCUUUAAUACAUUUUUUUACUAAUUUAGUUUAUAACGCCUUACCUGUCAUACUUAGCUCAUUUUUCCAAGGAAUGGAGGGAAGGGAGAGAAAUUACUUCAUAGGCUUUAAGGCACAUUUUCUUUUUCAGAAGCACCACAAAGGGACAGUAGCUGUUUUAGCUAAUAGAAUCAAAACUGCAUUUUCUUUUUAGAUUGCUUCAUUUUUAAUGUUACAGCAACAGAUGAGUUACUGUUUAUCAGCUGAAAAUACCACACACACACACACACACACACACACACA